AUGGUACCCAGCUCCUACUGCCAAUCAUCUCAACCUCCUUCAGUACACCCAGCCAUGGCACACAGCUCCUACUGCCAAACACCUCAACCUCCUCCAGUACACCCAGCCAUGGCACGCAGCUCCUACUGCCAGACACCUCAACCUCCUUCAGUACACCCAGCUCCUACUGCCAAACACCUAAACCUCAUUCAGUACACCCAGCAAGGCAGCCAGUUCCUAUUACCAAACACUUCAACCUCCUUCAGUACACCCAGCCAUGGCACGCAGUUCCUACUGCCAAACACCUCAACCUCCUUCAGUAAACCCAGCCAUGGCACCCAACUCCUACUGCCAAACAUCUCAACCUCCUUCAGUACACCCAGCCAUGGCACCCAGCUCCUACUGCCAAACACCUCAACCUCCUUCAGUACACCCAGCUCCUACUACAAACACCUCAACCUCCUUCAGUACACCAAGCCAUGGCACACAGCUCCUACUGCCAAACACCUCAACCUCCUUCAGUACACCAAGCUCCUACUACAAACACCUCAACCUCCUUCAGUACACCCAGCCAUGGCACCCAGCUCCUACUGCCAAAACACCUCAACCUCCUUGAGUUCACCUAGCCAAGGCACCAGCUCCUACUGCCAAACAUCUCAUCUGCCUUCAGUACACCCAGCCAUGGCACCCAGCUCCUACUGCCAAACACCUCAACCUCCUUCAGUACACCCAGCUCCUACUACAAACACCUCAACCUCCUUUAGUACACCCAGCUCCUACUACAAACACCUCAACCUCCUUCAGUACAUCAAGCCAUGGCACACAGCUUCUACUGCCAAACACCUCAACCUCCUUCAGUACACCCAGCUCCUACUGCCAAACACUUCAACCUCCUCCAGUACACCCAGCCAUGGCACUCAGCUCCUACUGCCAAACACCCCAACCUCCUUCAGUAUACCCAGCCAUGGCACCCAGCUCCUACUGCCAAACACCUCAACCUCCUUCAGUACACCCAGCCAUGGCACCCAGCUCCUACUGCCAAACACCUCAAUCUCCUUCAGUACACUCAGCCAUGGCACCCAGCUCCUACUGCCAAACACCUCAACCUCCUUCAGUACACCCAGCCAUGGCACCCAGCUCCUACUGCCAUACACCCCAACUUCAUUUAGUACACCCAGCCAUGGCACCCAUCUCCUACUGCCAAACACCCCAACCUCCAUUAGUACACCAAGCCAUGGCACCCAGCUCCUAAUGCCAAACAGCUCAACCUCCUUCAGUAGACCCAGCUCCUACUGCCAAACGUCUCAACCACCUUCAGUAAACCCAGCUCCUACUGCCAAACACCUCAACCACCUUCAGUUCACCCAGCCAUGGCACACAGCUCCUACUGCCAAACACCUCAACCUCCUUCAGUAA